UCUGAUGUCAGCCUACAUGAUGAAGUGCGUUUCAUUUUCAAUGCACUCAGAGGAGCUCAGAAGACGUGCCGAGAACAAUAGUGAUGAUGCGUAAAAUGGCAGCAACUAAUAUUUCCUAUAAGUUUGUUCUGUUCCUUCAACUUUUCAACCUUGCAGUGGCGAAACAAGGGUCCUGCUAUAACAUCAGUGUUUGGAACAUCGGAGUGUUCGUGGCUGCAGACGUGCUGCUGACACUCUGUCUUGUCAUCGCCACGUUUAUGUGCGCCGUUCGUCGCCGGAAGAGUAUAGCGUCCGACCAGAAGGUGUACAUGAAUGUCAGGCCACAGUUGAGAUCUAAGUGAGCGGUUUCAGAUGUUAUCCUGAAAGGUUGUUUCCUACAGAUCCAGAAAUCGAUCAAAUCUGUUAAUUUAAAUAUUAAAGCUUAGGUUAAUGUUUUUAUAUACGUUUUAAAAAAGGUUGUCUUGGAAGUUUGUUUGCCGAUUGUUAAAUGCGCAAAAAAGGUCAAUAUUCAUUGCUUAAAUAUAUGUAUACAUUUAAGUGUAUUUUCAAGUCUCACAGUGAAACUUUGAAUACAGACCUUCAAUUUGUAUCAUCUCCUUGACUGAAUAAAACAACCCCGAAUUUGUACACGCUCUCCCAUUCUUCGCUACUCUUGUUGAGACUUAGCUGGCAUCAAUUUAAAUGUAAUUUGUUCUUUUAUAACAUUUGUGGCUGUAUUGGAUUUCUGGAUGUUUUAUUCUGCACUUUGAGCUAAUGAGAAUGCUUAAGUUAAAUUUAAUUUCGUGAAUGAGAAUGCAUCUUCCUAUGUUAGUUUUGAUUUAGCUUUGUAUUUGUCUACGAAAUCAAUCAUAGAUAAACAGAAGUAGAGCAGUAGACAUGACAAAAAACAUAGAUCUGGAGAAGUAGAGUAGUAGACAUUACAACAUACAUAGAUCUGGAGAAGUAGAGAAGUAGACAUUACAAAAAACAUAGAUCUGGAGAAGUAGAGCAGUAGACAACACAACAAAAAAAGAUCUGAAGGAGUAAAGAAGUAGAUGCCACAACAAACAGAUCAGUAGUCGUAGAGCAGUGGACAUCACAACAGACAUCUGAAGAAGUACAGUCGUAGACGUCACAACAAACCUAGAUCUGCAGCCAUGGGUAAACCAGAUCUCCUCUCCUCCACAAGGCUGGUGUAGCUGUGUAGCUGUUUCAAAGCUGACUUGCUGCAGCCAAACAGACAGACACUGAAAGGUCUGUCACUGAUUCUUCUCUUCCCAUGUUAACACAGAAUUAGAAGGGAAGUUGGAUGUCAGGAUCUCCCUGGCUGGAUUUUAAACAUGGAUAACAGUUUGACAUUUUUGUUGGUAUUCUGUUUGUGGGCGUCCGUGGCCUACUGGUUAAGGAGUUGGACCAGUCACCGGAGGACGGCCGGUCCAAAUCCUGACUGGUCCAAACAUGUGGACGGGGGGAGUAGCAGUCUCUCUCCUAUUUCAUGCCUUUCGUGCCUUCUCCUAGGCACCUGAAACCUCCGGGUGCUGCACUGUGGCUGCCCACUGCUCGGGUUGUGCAUGUUUUCAGUUUCAUUUCCUUGAGUUUCGUUCGCCUCACUUUACCGCUGAAAUGCCUGUUAUUGUGGAACUCUCUGAAUACAUUAGUAGAAAAUAAUAUAUAUCUUAAGGAUGAAAUUGAAGGAAAAAUAUGCAUGCGUAAAAAAUUCCUUCGGCUAUAUAUAUAUAUAUAUCAUAUUUAUGUAAAUGUUAUAUAUCGAUGUAAGACCCAUGUUAGUGUGACAUUAUCACACUCCUUGUUUCUCACCAAGUAUCAAGGGCUCCUAGUACCCAUACGGCCCCUCCUAUUCUAGGCCCCUCCAAGUAUGAGCCUAGUUUAUAAACUAGGCCCCUCCUAGUAUGAGCUUGAUAUAUAAACUAGGAUCCUCCUAGUGUCCAUAUACUAUCUCUGGAUUCCAACUUGACUCUUCAGACCCAUGAUAAGGGGCUCCGAGGGAAAUCGCCUGGGACGACCAGGGAUCUAGACACAUAACAAAGUCUCCUAAUUACACCCUUAAAAACAUGUCUAAAACUCUUUGUGAUGCUAACUCCUUGAUCGGUGAGUAGUUUUACACACACAAGGACUUAUAUUAGUACUAAUAGGCCUACUGCAACUAUUGUUUGAAAUGGGAUGGCUUGUUUCUGUUCCAGGGGGUGCAUGUAAAGAAAAGUCCUGUACUAAAGUCCUGCGCUGGGUGUGUUGUGUAUUCCCAGACUGUAGCUCCUGCUCCCAGACAGACAUGGGCUCUGUGACAUGGAUCCUCUCCUGUGAUAUCGCCCUGACUCUCCUCGUAUGUUUCUCCCUGCUCUGUUUGGUCCUCUACCAGAGGAAAAGAGGCAACCGUGAUUCCAAUAAUGGUAGACCGAAGCAAGCACCGUCAUUGGCAAAGAGAAAGAUGGCAGAGAUCCCUGAGUCUCCUUACCAGGAAUUGCAUGGAGUACAAGGCGAUGUGUACAGCAAUCUGGAAGAAUUAAGAAAAUAAAACAAAUUCCAGCAUAAUCUCACUUCAAUGAAAGAUUCACACUUUAUACGGCUUUCUGAUUGGUCAUACAUUAUAUACAUUGUGUUUUGUUUUUAUAUUCCUUCCUGGUAUUGUAUCAUUUAGCAUUGCUUUUUGUAAUUUAUUUUUAUUUCAUAAUUCAUGAGGCUAAUGAAUUUUUUCUCUGCCUGAGAAAAAUACAUUUUAAACCUUUUUUUCUUUCUUUGUCCUUUUGAGACAUAUCUGCAGUAGAACAUUAACAGAUGGAUUUCAGAUUUUGAACCAUCAAAACCUAUAAAACCCGACCAGUGAAUCACAUUAUUACUAAUACAAAUGUCCUGUUACAAUAACUUCUGCAAAAAGACCUUUCUACGUUUUUGUAUCAUGCUAUACACUCAGAAAAUAAAAUAGUUUUUUUAGUAAG